AUGUUUUGGUGCGAUUUUUCAGUGGAGAAUGAAGAGCAUUGUGAUUUUGUGAAGUUGCGCGAAGCCAUUUUGCGUACAAACGUAGACUCGCUUCGUGAACGCACCCAUCGUGUGCUGUAUGAGAAGUAUCGUAGAAGUCGUUUACGGGCAAUGAAAGUGGGCGAUGGUGAUACGGGACCGAAGAUGAUGGAAGCGUUUGCUGAGAAGCAACGUGAAUUCCAUGAAGAAAUGGCGAAGAAAGACAAAGACAUGCGUGAGAAUUUCAUUGCGCGUGUGAGCUCGAAAGAAGAGGAAAUGAAGCGCCGAGAGGAAUUGGUAAGAUUUUGUUUUGUUCUCGACCAAAAACGUGAUAAAAUGUUCAGAUGA